AGGACCCGGCGGCGCUGUUGAAGGUCAGCAGUGACUGUGGGGUAAGAUGGCGGCUGUUCGCUGCUGUAAUCGGCUGCGGCUCCUGACAGCCCGACCCGGGCACAGCCUCCGGCUCCAGGCCGCGGCCCUCACCACUCACCACCCGCGGGGAGCGGAGAAAGUAACUCACACCGGCCAGGUUUAUGAUGAGGCGGACUACAGAAAAGUUAGGUUUGUUGGACGGCAGAAAGAGGUCAAUGAAAAGUUUGCUAUUAAUCUAAUCGCUGAGCAACCGAUUACUGAGGUAGCAGAUAGAGUGGUUUCCUGUGAUGGUGGUGGUGGAGCCCUCGGACAUCCUAAGGUGUAUAUAAACUUGGACAAAGAUACAAAAGUUGGAACUUGUGGUUAUUGCGGCCUUCGCUUUAAACAGAUACAUCAUCAUCAUUGAGAUGGACAAUUGGAUUCCUGUCUCUUCAUAUGAUAGACUUGCAUAACCUUCUCCAAUUGGAGCUCUGAAAAAAAAUAAAAUGUUGGUAAAGCUUUA